AUGAUCCAGCGGCCUCAAGAGAAUGAUGACUUGUAUAAUUUGCGUUGUUAUUUAUUAAACAAUACAAAUGUUUUGCUUAAAUGGGAAAUAAAAGAUCCAGCGUCAUUUCAAGUUGACAAAUUUGUUAUUGAAAUUUUGCCAAAUGAUUCAAAUUUAUGGAAAAAAGUAGGAGAAACUGAAGGAAUAUGCAAAAGUUUUGAAGUGUCGUCUUUAUCUAAAUAUACAAAAUAUUUUGCUAGAGUUUAUGCUAUAUACAAGUUUGGAAUUGUUGGAGAACCUGUUGAAUUGACUGAACCUUUUCAAAUUGAUAACAAUAAAGAUCUUCCGACAUCACCACUGAAUCUAAAGAUUUUAACUUCAGACGAAUUCAGCAUUACCUUAGGUUGGCAACCUCCGGAUUCAAAUGAAAAUUGUCAAGUUACACAAUAUGAAGUGGAAAUUUGUGACAUUUUUUGUAAUGCUUGGAGCUCAGCAACUAUUGUAGAGGGAAAUGUUUUGUCUGCUAAAAUAACAAACUUGAAGCCUGGAGCUGGCUAUUAUGUAAAAGUUACUGCUAUCAAUGAACACGGAAAGUCAAAAAAAUCUAGUGAACUAUUUGAACCCGUUUACGCGAGAGCUUUACCAAGUGCACCAAAAAAUUUACGAGUAAAAGAAAUAUCUGAUACAGAAGUUACGUUGGAAUGGGAUUUUUCAGCAGACUCAAAGGUUGCUCAGUAUUUUAUUGAUUUUAAAGAAGAGCAUGAUACAGAUUUUUUGCCAGCUGGCAGAGUUGAUGGCCAAAAAAACAAUUUUACGUGUGAUUUUCUUCGAAGUAGUAGAUCUUAUACAUUCAGAAUUAAAGCAAAGAACGAAGCAGGUUUCAGUAAACAGACAACCCUUCUUAAUCAGUUCAUUAAAUUGACGGACACCAUAGGUUAUUUCAGUUAUUUUUUUAUUUAUUAG